AACGUCAUGAACCGUGGCGAUGAUACUCCCCUGCACCUGGCCGCCAGCCACGGCCACCGGGACAUCGUCCAGAAGCUCAUCCAGUUCAAAGGGGACAUCAAUGCCGUGAACGAGCACGGGAACACCCCACUUCACUACGCCUGCUUUUGGGGCCAGGAGCAGGUGGCCGAGGACCUGGUGAGCAGCGGGGCGCUUGUCAGCAUCUGCAACAAAUACGGGGAGACCCCUCUGGACAAGGCCAAGGCGCCCCUGCGGGACUUGCUGAAAGAAAGCACAGAGAAGCUGGGCCAAAGCCUGACCCGCAUUCCAUACAAAGACACCUUCUGGAAGGGCACCACACGGACACGACCCCGCAACGGGACUUUAAAUAAACUGGCCGGGAUCGACUUCAGGCAGCUGAGCCUGGGCCACAAACUCAACGAGAACCAAUCAGGAGAGGUGCUGAAGGGGAGGAGGGGCUCCUGGCGGAGGCAGAAGUCUGAACUCCACUUAUGUGCCCCUUUUGCUCUGCUUGGCAGGAUCUUCUCGCACCCCAACGUGCUGCCGGUGCUCGGGGCCUGCCAGGCUCCACCCGCGCCUCACCCCAUCGUCCUCACCCACUGGAUGCCCUACGGCUCCCUCUACAACGUGCUCCACGAAGGCACAGAUUUUGUGGUGGACCAGAGCCAGGCGGUGAAGUUUGCCUUGGACAUUGCCCGGGGCAUGGCCUUCCUGCACACGCUGGAGCCGCUCAUCGCUCGGCACUACCUGAACAGCCGCAGCAUCAUGAUCGAUGAGGACAUGACUGCACGAAUCAGCAUGGCGGACGUCAAGUUCUCCUUCCAGUGCCCAGGCAGGAUGUAUGCCCCUGCGUGGGUAGCGCCAGAGGCUCUGCAGAAGAAGGCCGAGGAGAUCAACCGCCGCUCUGCAGACAUGUGGAGCUUUGCGGUGCUGCUCUGGGAGCUGGUGACACGGGAGGUGCCCUUUGCCGAUCUCUCCAACAUGGAGAUUGGCAUGAAGGUUGCCCUCGAGGGCCUGCGGCCGACCAUCCCACCGGGCAUCUCCCCCCACAUCUGCAAGCUGAUGAAGAUCUGCAUGAACGAGGACCCCGCCAAGCGCCCCAAGUUCGACAUGAUUGUCCCCAUCCUGGAGAAGAUGCAGGAGAAGUGAGGGGGGGAAGGAGGAGGGUCCGCCCCCCUGCCCUGCCCGACAACAAGUGCCUUUGGGAGGGGGUGCCGCCCGGGCGCGUCCCCUUGCCCCGAGACAAUACGGUACAGCCAGAGCCACCACCUUGCCCCCCCCCCGCCCCACAGGGGCCAGGCGGGGCCAUAUGCCUGCUGUAUGUUGCCGCCUUCUUCAGUCACGCGUAACCAGCCCCUCGCCGCUUCAACAUGCUCCUCCUCCUCCAUACGUUAAGGCGCAAGAAGCUCCCACUCCGCUGUCUGCAGCCACCUGCCUUUCCGACAUGACUCUGUUUUUACCUUUUCUACGCAGCCCCAAGGCAAUGUAAUAAACGGUUAUUAUUA